GUGGGCGGAGCCGCGGCCGAGCAGUUCAUUAUGUUGGACAGGGCGCGUCUGCGCCUCCGGCCGCCGCGGCUCCCGGGGCCUCUGCCUGCAGCCGGCGGCGGAAUGGGGGCAGGCGGCUGAGACGGGCGAGCUAUUUGCAUUCCCCGGCAGUCAUUUUUAUAUGCGGAGGUAAUGAAGUUGUCAGCGGCGCCCCGAGUGUGGCAAAGCCUGAUACUCAAAUCGCUCUGCCGGCUCCGCCUGCUCCCGCCCGCCGGUCCCGGGAGCCUCAGGCUGCGCGCGCCCCCUCCGCAUCCCCGCUUCGCCCCGCGACUGCGCGCGCCUCCUCGUCCUCCCCCGCGCCUUUGUCUCCGUCUCCUUCUCCCUUCCCUCCUCUUUUGUGUCUGGCCAGACUCAGCCCCAGAAACCAGCCACCCUGCAGCGUCCGACUGCCAGGGACCCCGCACGCCGCGAGAAACCCAACACACGGCCAUUGAGUCAGGCUGCCGAGAAAAGGCUGUUCCGCAGUUGCAGCCCUGGUGAGGAAAUGAGGCGGAAAGGUGGACGCACCUGCCUGGAGUGGUUGAAGGAAGGCAGUGAACAUCCACGCUCUUGGGGUUGGUUUUUCUGGGCCUCUGUAGCUGUGCUGCUUACUGGGGCAGCCACUGACCACAAGAGGCUGCCGAGCGCUUGCAGUGUGGCCAGGCCAGACCAGGAUGUUCUCCAAGUGGGAAAUACACACUCCAUUGUAAAGAAGACUGUAUGAAAAAAAGAAUGUGAACUGGCUCAUUCAUCAUUUAAAAACAUUGAUUGCAUAUUGAAAUGAGAAUAUUUUUGGGUGUAUGGGGUGAAAUAAAGUAUCAUGAAUUAAAUCUUUUUUUAAA